ACCAGGCUGUGAGUAAAGGUCUACAAGGGAAGAGGGCCGGCUGAGUAGAGUUGCACAGUGUCUCUUUUAUGUCAUGGCUGCCAUGUGGGGCAUUGCUACAAGCUGAGCCUGUGAUGGCUGUUCUAGAUGAAGGCCCCAAGGCCUGUGUACAUAUAGGAGUGAUAUAGUUCCCUAAGAAGGCCACUGGGCCUGUGUACUGGUGGAAGCAUGCUCUUGGCUGAGCUCCAUCACCAGGUAGAUAGUCUAGGCUGGCCCAUGUGGGUCACUCUGCCCCUUCUGAUGGUUAAGAGCUACCCCCUCUAAAUAUAGCCCAGCAGGCUGAGCUCAGGCCUAUUUUAAGCCCAGGUUGGAAUGUGGCCAGGCCUUCCCCAGGCUCCCAGAGAAGCUGUUGCUGCUUUGUCCAGCCCUGCUGCUGGGCACCCUCAUUGGCCCCCUGACUGCCUACCAUUUGCCAUGCCUGAGGAGACUCAAGAAGACACUGUGGCAUCAACACAGAGCCAGAGGAGCAGGGGGCUAUUAGACCCCAACCAUGUGCAGGAGGUGCAUCUGCACAGAGUGGAGUCCAUCAGUGACCUGCACAGUGGAGGCUCCCUUCGUCCCUAUUUGGCUGAAGAGGUGCGGCAGUGGGAUGAGCUGCUAGGUGUCUUGCCACCAUCACUGUGUGCCCAGGCUGGCUGCAGCCCAGUGUGUGGCCGUGGGGGAUUCCUGUUACUGCUGGCACUGCUGGUGCUCACCUGCCUCGCACUUGCCAUCCUGGCUGUCUACCUGAGCGUGCUGCAGAGUGAAUCACUGCGGGUCCUAGCACACACACUGCGAACACAGGAGGAAACUCUGCUCAAACUCCGCCUAGCCAGUCUAAGCCAGCUGAGGAGGCUGAACUCCAGUGAAGCCCGAGCACCCAGCUGAGAUGCGACUUGAACCCGGGGCCUGGGGUUUAUGUGGGGGAAUAAAGCAGCCAUUGACAGGCCUCUCCUCUCCCAGUGCUGGUCUACACUACUUCCUUGGUGAGAUUUUUGUACAAGAGCCUAAUGUGACUCUAUAGCUGCCUGCCUCCCUCUCCUGACCUCUUCAGGUCAAACCCAGAUAAGCCUUCUGAUGCCAAGGGCCUGCUUUGGGUGGCUUAAGGUCAGGAAUGGGCAUCAGCCUCCUGGCUCUUCCUGUGGCUUGUCAGCACCCUCUGGCCGCCCCUAGAUAGAAGGUUCAGAAGUCUAGAAAUAGCUGCCCCCACUGCAGUCAUUGCCAGGCCUCUCAGUGGGGGUCCGGCCUCAGUUCUCAAGGACAGGCUGGGUUCUGAGUUGGGGAGAGACUGCCUGGGAGGGCAAAGGUGAGAUGGAGGAGACCCAGCUGGGCCCAAAUCUGGGAUGAUGGAUGGGGAAGGAGAGCAGGCUGAAAUACCCAGGAGUCAGGGCCACAAGAAGCUGAACAUUCUGUUUAAUUAUCUCUUUUAAUCUUUAAAACUCUGUACAAAUCCAUUCCAGAUCACUUUGCUUCUACACCUUUAUAUGGUGGCAUCUGUCCAGAUGCCAAUCCCCCAAAGAAAGUGGGUCACCCCACGGGAACAAGGCCUAAAAAAGAAAAGGGUCAGCUUCCCUACUGCCUACCCUGGGAGAGGCACACAUUUGGUCUCACCAGAGAAAGGACAGGAAGAGGUCACAAGGUUGAGUGCAGAGACAAAGGCCAGGGUUCCAAGGGUCCUGACCUUCCACUCACCCACCCUAUCUGUUUUUGGUUUUGCCAUUAAAAAAAUAAAGUGACAAUCACUGGCAGAGA